AGUGUCGACAAAUCCAGCAGCUCCGCUCCGUAUAUUUCCACUGACCCCCCGUCUGAGGGAUUCACUCAUCCAAGUCAGAGCUGCAGCGUCCGUUCCGAGGGGAUCACAGUCUGUCAACACAGCUGUAGGCUACAUCCAGAGGUGCGCUGUGUCCACAUCUGGGAAGGUCAGACGGAUCAUUUUUUUUUGUUCAGCGGAACCUGGCAACUUUUUUUUGUGCGUUUUAAUUUCUCCUCCUGAUCAGCGUUGCACUGCACUGCAGCGUGCAUUCAGCUUGACGCUGCUUACUUCUACUUGGACGAGAGGAUGAAUGGCUGACCUCGGAGCUCACUGAUUGGUUCCCUGAUCCUCCCUGAUCACAACUGCUGUCAUGGCCAAAAGCCCGGAGGUGAAGCUGGCCGUCUUCGGCAGAGCUGGAGUGGGCAAGUCAGCUUUGGUGGUGAGAUUUCUGACCAGACGCUUCAUCUGGGAGUAUGACCCAACACUAGAAUCAACAUAUCGUCACCAAGCCAACAUAGAUGAUGAGGUUGUUACCAUGGAGAUUCUGGACACUGCAGGCCAGGAGGACGUCCAGCAGAAGGAGGGUCACAUGCGCUGGGGAGAUGGCUUCGUCAUUGUGUAUGACAUCACAGAUCGGGGGAGCUUUGAGGAGGUGGGACCCCUACGAAGUCUCCUAGAGGAGGUGAAGAAGCCCAAAAAUGUUCCUCUGGUCCUUGUGGGCAACAAGUCCGAUCUGGACCACGUCCGGCAGGUCGGCACGGAGGAAGGCGAGCGGCUGGCGGCUGAAAUGGCGUGUGCCUUCUACGAAUGUUCGGCAUGUGCUAACGAGGGCGGCGCCGUGUCGGAGGCUUUCCACGAGCUGUGUCGCGAAGUGAGGCGCCGCAAGGCCGUGCAGGGCAAGGCCAGACGCCGCAGCUCCACCACACACGUCAAACAGGCCAUCAACAAGAUGCUGACCAAGAUCAGCAGCUAGGGAAGAGCCUCCAUACUGUCAUGUACAUGUUUCGACCAAUUAUUGGCUGAGAAAUGGACAAAAUGUGACUGAUUUCCUGUAGAAUGUGUACGAAUUGUUUCCUGAAAAUGGGUACAUGAGGAAGAAGAUAGGCCCGCACACUCGCUCAAAUGCUACAAAGUUUUAAUUGAUCACAACGUUUCUACCAGAGGUCUUCUUCGGGUGAUAAAUCAGCACAUGACCCUUAAUAAAUGGUUGUUUUCUUGUCCAAACAUUUGGGCUGGUAUGGAUUAAAAUGAACCCGGAUACAGGUGAGAUUGGUCUUGUUUCUGUAUAAAUCAUAAAAAUGGCUCUAAGUUCUCAACUUUUUGGUUUCUAUUUCAAUUCAUCUCCCUUUUGAAUCACUAAAAGCAGUUAGACGGAAGGCUAAUAAUAAUGCAUGCAAGUUGUUUUUUGGAGCAUGCAAAGAAUGCAGCAUUUACUUAAAUGGAACAAAAUCUGUAGGUACCUCUCUGUAUUUGUAUCUGUAGUGGGAUAUCGUGAUCUUUUUCAGCCCACAUGUGUUACCUGUUCUGUCGGUUGUUGGUGAAGAAGAAAUAAGAUCAGAGAACUACUUCAAAGAAGAAGUAAAUCCACCAUCCUUUACUUAUGUAGACCAAACAAAUCCACCGAGUUGUCAAUGUGUGUUCCUCAAACCUUUUAAGAAAGUCCACAAUGUUCUGUUGACAUUCAAUGUUCCCACAGUGGCUCCUUAUGUUUGUCUAGGAUAUGAGUAUUUCAAGAAUCCAAAAGCACCGGUACAGAGCGUGUCUCAGGGCUCAUGAGAGACCUUUUUUGGCCAUUUUUCUGUAAAGUUAAAAAGGUCAGAUUCAACAUGUGACAUUCCAGGGAUGUUCUUCAUGGCUGUUGUAAUAUUGUAAACAAACGUAUAUGUAAGAUAUGGUUUAUAGCCUUAAGCACUGCUGUGUUGGAGGAAUGUACAGAACCCUAAGUAUCUACAGUUGAAGAUGCUGUAUUUGUUCAAAUGUAUUUUUUUUCCCUUUGUCGAUGUGACCUGUACGAUCAAAACAACCAGCUGUGCACUUGUAAUUAAAACAUGUGACAUAU